UUCCUCCACCUCCCUGAGACCCCUCUUUCUCCUCAGCAUGUCCCUUCUUGGCAUCCUCUUGCUGGAGAGGUGGAAGCCGAGGUUCCUGUUUGAUUUCUCAGCACAGCCAUCGGAGGAGCUGGGAGGGGAGAGUGAGGGGGUGACUUCAGGGGCACAACCUCAUCUGCUCAGUGUCCCUGAGCUGUGCCACUGUCUGGCAGAGAGCUGGGUCACCUUCAGGCUGUACCUGCAGGAACUGCUACAGUACAAGAGGCAAAAUCCUGCCAAGUUCUGCAUGAGUGUCUGUUCAGGCUGCCUGAUUCUGGCUGUAGUUGGACACUAUGUUCCAGGCAUAAUGAUCUCCUACAUCAUUUUGCUCAGCAUUCUGCUCUGGCCUCUGGUGGUCUACCACGAGCUGAUCCAGAGGAUGUACACGCGUUUGGAGCCUGUCCUGAUGAAACUGGACUACAGCAUGAAGGCAGAGACGCUGCACCACAAGCAUGAGAAGAAGAAGCGACAAGGGAAGAGUGAGCCUGCAGCAGGUGAUGAGCCAACAGCGGAGACGGAGAGUGAGAGCGAGGCAGAGCUAUCGGGCUUCUCGCCAGUGGUGGAUGUGAAAAAGACUGCCCUGGCACUGUCAAUCACAGAUUCCGAGCUCUCUGAUGAGGAGGCUUCCAUCCUGGAGAGCGGGGGCUUUUCUGUCUCAAGGGCUACCACCCCACAGCUGACGGACGUUUCUGAAGACCUGGACCAGCAGAGCCUGCACAGCGAGCCAGAGGAGUCGUUUUCCAAGGACCUGGCGGAGUUUCCCUCGGUGGAAGAAUAUCAUUCCAGAGACCUGGGACCACAGAGCGAUGAAGACGCGUUCGGUGUGCCUCUGGGUCCUGAGCUUGCCCAUGCUGCCCGUGAGCUGGACUCGGCAGAGAAGGAGGCCGCGGACUCUGAGCUCUCCAUCCUUCGCCUGGCGUCUCCUCUCCAUUUUGUAAAUACGCACUUCAACGGGAGCGGGCAAGCGGCGGGAGGCAACGCAGAGCCACAGACUGUCCCUGCCCCGGGCCUGGGCAUCUGCAUUGACACACUGAGCGAGGAGAUCGUCACCACUGCCAUUACCACGGCGGUGCAGAACACCCUCUCUGCCCUGCUGCGGUCCUCGGAGGCCAGCGAGGGGCCGUCCCUCUCCGAGUUCCUCCCCACUGAGCCCGAAGAGAAACUGAGCUUCCAAGCACAGCUGUCAGAGAGCGAAGCGGUGGAGACAGAGACAGCAGCUUCACCGGAGGAUGAGGAGGAAGCAGAUGACUUUGAGCUACUGGAUCAGGGGGAGCUGGAGCAAAUGGAUGUCGAGCUGGGGCUCGGAGAGGAGCAGGAGGCACGAGAGUCUCCUGCCGCUCCGGCUCCCCCCUCUCCCACGCUCGCUGAGCUGCCAAAGCAAGGAGAUGAGGAGGAGGCAGUGAUGACAGCGGCAUCUAUGUCUUAGGUCUCCUUCACGCUCCCCCUUUUCCUCCGUCGUCACUGGAAAGAAGGAAGAACUGGCAUGGUUGAACGUGCAGUGGGCUUUUAGAUGUUUGUGUUGACCGGGGUGGCAACGCGUCCGUGUUAGUGUGCUGUGUCUGGAGUAACGAGUCCUCUCCAUCCUUCUAGAGCCCGGCCUGGGCUGGCUG